AUGUGCAGCAGAGAAAACUUCAGUGCCGACCCCGCUGCAGUCCGUUGUCUGGCUGUGGGUCAUCCCCAUCCCCUCAGCACUUACACCUGCAUCCCAGCUGGCUGAAACUCAGCUGUAUCUGCCUACGCAGCUCACCCUGAAGCCAAUAUGGCCUCCAGCCUCUACUUCCCUGGGCUCUUCCUGAACGUCCUGCCUUCUCCUGACUCUAGAAACCUCCACGGAGGCUCUUCCUCCUAGAGAGAGGCUAACCUGACCCACCGCUACGUGGGGCGCCACCCUUAUCCUCACCCACCACGUGCCCAGUGUGACGUCCACUCGACAAAGAUUAAAGUCUACUAACGUUCCACGUGGGCUGCUCAAACAGUGCUUAGAUAAUGAGCUUGAUGGAACUUUGACUGGAUUUCUCCUGUGGGACCACAGCAACUGAUGCCUGUCCCUUGGUACCCCCAUUGGCUGUGGCACAAUGGACAAGAGAAUGUACAUGGAGGCAAGGAUCAAGGCUCCUGGGGCCCAGCCAAGUCCUGACAUGAGUGCCACCAGCAAGAGGACUGGUGCUGAGCCCACCAUAUCAGGAGUCAACCAGGUUGCAGUCCCAGAUGCUGCAGGGAUGGAUGGUGGGAAGCAGCCCUCUUCAGCCUCAGGAGGGCCAGAAAAGGGACCUAGACACAGGGAAUCCUCAGAGGAGGGUCCUCUGGAGCUCAGGACCCAGGAGCAGACAUAUCCGGCUGGACCAAGGAAGAAGCAGUCAACUCCGGACCCCCAGGAAGGGCCCAGGGAGCUGCAAGUAGGCCGGGGUCAAGCCAAGCCAGGAAGUGAGCUGGGGGUGCUGCCUUCCAGGGUCCCUGCCACACAGGAAGGGAAGGAGACCGAGGACCAGCCGGGGAGACAGCAGAACCCAGGGACGGCGAAGGGUCAGGCCCUUCAGAGCCACCAGGGCCAGGAGUGUCAGCCCAUCCCAGGUCACCAGGCAACUCAUGGGGCAGACAUAGUGCAGCCAGUGGGAACUUCUUGCACCUUGGACAGCUGUGGGCGGCCACGGGGAGACAAGCUCUCCAAGGAGUUGGACACCCCCCACAUCAGGCCACAGGAGGACAUUUCCCAGGAGGCAGUGCCCCUGAUACCCUUGGCAAGUCCAGAGGAAAAGACGGCCAACUCCUUCCCACCAUCCACGCCAGAACCUGACCCACCCACAGGAAGGGUCAAGGCUGUGGAGACCCAACCAGCAACAGGGCCUGUUCCUGCACUGGAGGUGAGGGGCACUGGAGAGAGGAGGGAUCUGGACCCUGUGCAGAAGCAGCCUCGGGAGCCCACGGUGGCUGUCGGGGCCCAGAACCUUGGGAGCCUUCGGCAGGGCUUCAUGAAGUGCUUGCUGGAGGUGGAGGAGGAGGAGGUCACACAUCGGAGGGCUGCCAAGGCCCGGGCCCUGCCAAACCGGAAGUCCCCCAGGACCCUGACCCCCGUGCCCUCCUCGGCCCCAAGCCUGCCUCUGACCCUGCCUCAGACCCCCGCCUCGGCCCCUGCGAUGGCCCCUUCCUGGGCCCGGUCGCCAGCCCCGGGGCCCGGCCCCGUCCCCGCCCCUGUGGGAUCCCCGGUCCCGGCCUCAGGGCUGGUCACAGCCCUGCCGGCCCCCACCCUGGACGCGGGCUGGAGAAGGGCAGAACUCUUGCACCCGAGUGGAGAGAGGAGCCUAAGCAGCACCAAGACACGGCAGGAGCUGGAGGAGCGCGGCCUCCUCAAGCUGUACCAGAGCUGGGAUGAAAGGUUCGAGGAGCAUCUCACCCUGAGGCAAGAGGAAGCCUUCCGCAGUUACUUUGAGAUCUUCAAUGGCCAUGGCGAGGUGAACGCACAGAGCCUGGGUAACAUCCUGCUGCUUGUGGGCAUCUCCCUCACGCCGGCUCAGGUACAGGACGCCCUGAGGAGCGCUGACAUCGAUGGAGAUGGUCAUGUAGGCUUCAAGGACUUCUUAGCUGUGAUGACAGACACCAGGCGCUUCUUCUGCUCUGUGGAGCAGAAUGCCCUGACGGACAUGGCUCCUCCAAACCCCCACACUCUGCUCUUUGAGAUCCUGUCCCUGCUGGUGGAGAUGCUGGCCUUACCGGAGGCGGCCUUAGAGGAGAUCACCAACUAUUACCAGAAGAAGCUGAAGGAAGGCACCUGUAAGGCCCGAGAGAUGGAGACAGCCAUAGGCCGGCUGCGGUCCCGGAAGAAGCUUCCCUACAAUCCCCAGCAGGGAGACUUGGAAGUCCCAGAACGAAGGGUCCUCAGGAUCCUGAGCCGGCUGAAGCAGCAGAACUAUGCUGCCAACCUGCAGAGCCCCUACGCCCAGGUGCCCUGCAUCCCGCUCUGUCCUCGGCUGGACAAGAUGGUCCGUCGGAAGCAGGGCAGCCACUACGUGCUGGACCCGUGCACCCCCGCCAGCCUGGGCCCUGACAUCCGGAGCCUCCUCUUCCAGUCAGGAUCCCAAGGAAGCAGGGAACACGGCUCUGAGAGCUGCAAGUGGCUCAGUUCCGCGCCAGCUCGAACCCACUGACCUCUGGAGUCCCGACUCGGGGCAGCUGUUCAGGACCUGCAGGCGGACAGGUUCUUAGGCCGGUAUUGCUGCUGGAUUUUGCUUUUGUGGCCUGGUAAGCCAAUAAACACCAAGAACCUUGGCCUCUGUGUCCAGUGCUGGGAAGGCCCCCAGGUUUUCACCCUUCCACCUGGCUCUCAGAGUGCAGGGCCCCUGCCUCCCACAGGCUUAGGAAACCCUGAAGCAAGACACACCUUGAAACCUUGAAACACCUUGAACCUGGGACUCUCUUCAGUUGAGUCUCCCCCAAGGGCAGAGAGCAUCUCUCUCCAAUUGCUCGAAGGCAAUGAUGGGAAAGAUUCUGGACCCUAAAAGGAGCAGACCGACCCUGCAGAAGGGCAGAAGGGAGUCUCAGCCAUACUCUCACCCAAAGAGCCCCAGGACCCAUGGGGGCCCUUCUCUUGGAACCUAAGGGUGCGUGGGUCUUUGUCCCCAACCCACACACCACCCCAGGCCUAUUUCUCUAACAGAGAGCUCCUCCCUGGGAUGGAGCAGAGGUAGCUCCCCCAGUGGUUCACCAAGCAGGCACAGCAAGAGGUCAGGAGGCCAGGGACUGAAAUGAGGACAAGGCUCUGACAAGUUUAAAACAUGUAUUUAAAAUACAAUUUAUAAAAUGCUUAAUCUGCCGACUCAGGAGCCCGCGGUGCGGGGUGGGGUGGGGUAGGCGGCUGCCCGCGAGACCAGCAGAGCAGCACUGCAGGGGUGCGGCCCUCCCUCCCAUGCCCUUCUGUUCAGACACCCAAGGGGCCCAUGUGCACCCCGGGGAUCACACGACCAGAAAACAGGACCCCAGAGGUUUCCAGAGUCUCUGCUUACCAGGGAGGCUGGGGCAGCCCUGCCGGCCCAUCCCUGAGCAGAGCAUCCCCACACGGGGCAGAGCAGGGUAUGGCUGGGCUGGACAGGGCGGGGCGGGGCAGCGGGCUCUGGAAGGGGCUGAUGGUAGCAGAUCGGGUGUUGCCUCCUGCCUGCAGGUGGGGAGCACCCUGACUGAGUGGGCUGAGAAGGGCUGGUCACCAGGCCUGGACCCCCAGCUCCUUUGGUUAUAGGCUGACAUCAGAGUAGUGGCUCAUGGGAAGCGGUUAGCUGGAAGGUCUGAGGCCUGGCUCAUGGGGUCAGGGAGGAGCUGGGGGAAGGGGACAGUACCGUGAAGGCAGAUAAAGGGGCAGCAGCCUCAGGUUUCUGCCCCCCCCACCCCCCUGGGGUUUUCCAAGCCAAAGCCUGCAGCUUACUUUAAAAAAAAAGAAAAAAAAAGAAAAGAAAAGAAAUAAAAGAAGCACUUAAGGAAAGUUACA